AUGCUCGCGUCACUAGCUCGUUCGUUUGAGGCCCUCAACAUCCGGACUGCUGUUCAGAGUAGGUCGGUGUCGAUGAUGGGUCGUUUGACACCUACACAAGAUUCCAAGAACCGUGUGAGACGUGUUGGUCGUGGUCCAGGUUCCGGACUUGGUAAGACUUCUGGUCGUGGUCAGAAGGGUCAAAAAGCCCGUGGAUCAGUGCCAAACUGGUUUGAAGGUGGUCAGACCCCAUUGUGGAAACUUUUUCCUAAGCGUGGGUUCUACCGUCAUCAAAAGCUCGAGCUCAACGAGUUAAAGCUCUGCAGAAUUCAAGAGUUCUACGACAAGGGCAAGCUCGACUUUCUUGCCGAGGGAGAGACCCUUACUAUGAAACACAUGAAAGACUGCGGAUUGAUAACAGGCUCCAUGAAGGACGGAGUGGUCAUUUUGGGUGACGCAGCCAAGUACACUGCUCCAAUCAAGAUUGAGUCGACCAAAGCAUCACAACCUGCAAUGGAAACCAUUAAGCAGGCCGGCGGUGAGUUCACCGCAGCAUACUACAGUCGUGGACUUGGAUUCAGAGCCCACCAUUCUCCAGACUGGUUCCUUGAAAACAAGGGAUAUGUCCCAAUCAGAGCCAGACCUAUUGCCAGAAGAGACAUCGUGUUCUACUCUGACGCCGAAAAAAACGGUUAUUUGGCGGACUCAGACUACGUCAAGCAGAUCACUGUUGGUGGUAGCAAGGCUAAGAAAGUUUUCAAGAAAACUGCCUUGGACCUCGAGGUCGAAGAGGCAGCCAAAUCCGACUCUACCAUUGCCGCUACACAAAGCUUUGCUAACAACAAGGUUGUUUCCUUUGCCGAUCUGAAGCUUUGA